AUGGAGCUGAAAUGUCCCAGAAAGUCAUUACAGAAGAUUAAGUGGUCCAGGGAUGAGGAUGAGAAGUUGAAAAGGUUGGUUGAGCAAUACGGUUCAGAUGAUUGGAUAUUUAUAGCCAACCAUUUCAAGAAAAGAACAGAUGUACAAUGUCAACAUCGAUGGCAAAAGGUGCUUAACCCUGAGCUGGUGAAAGGGCCAUGGACAAAGGAGGAGGAUGAGAGGGUUAUUCAUUUAGUUCAUAGGUAUGGUCCUAAGCGUUGGUCCAUCAUUGCCAAACACUUACAUGGACGUAUCGGCAAGCAAUGUCGUGAGCGCUGGCACAACCACCUCAACCCUGAUGUAAAGAAGUCCUCCUGGACUCAUGAGGAGGACAGGGUCAUCUACGAAGCCCACAAACGAUUAGGCAACCGCUGGGCAGAGAUCUCCAAACUCCUGCCUGGCCGAACAGACAACUCCAUAAAGAACCACUGGAACUCCACCAUGCGGAGGAAGGUGGAACAUGAGGGCUAUCUCCAGGACCUGCCUCCCACUCAUCCCUGUAAGAGCACCAAGCCCCCCAUCAAGAGAAGACCCAAGAUCUGCAGCUCCUCUUUGGACCACUUGCAGGUCCAAGGUCACUACAUUAUGACUCUCCCCUCCAAGAUGUCUGGCUACUCUCUUGGCUUGUUGGACGCCCAGUAUGUGGACAAUAUCCCAGAGUCCUCUAUCUUUGUCCAGGUGAGUGUGUCCUGUCUCUCUGAACCCUUGCACGCGGAUGGCUGUUCUAGCUGGCCCAGCAGCAGUUUGACAGACGACGGCAUGACCACCAGCGCCCUGGGCAGCAUGGGGGACCAGAGCAUGGAGAAUCUCCACCCCCCGCACCAUCUCCACCUCCACAGUAUGGAAGGCCACCACCAUCACUGCCCCUCCUCCUCCGUUUGCACCCACAGCUCACCGGCCAGGUACCUGUUUGUGGAGGCCAGCACCGUGCUCUCCUCCCUCCAGACCAUCCCGGAGUUUGCCGAGACACUGGAUCUUAUUGAUUUGGACCCAGUGGCUUGGAGUGAAGUGGCCAGCUUGAGUUUGAAUGAAAUGGCCUCGCCCCAGAAACUGGAAACCACACCCUUAAGUGCGGAGGACAAAGAGGAAGAGGACGCUAGCUACCAUUUUUAUGAAGACUCUGCCAUGUCAGACCGGAGCAGAAGCUACCUGGAAGUGAUGCCUGUAUCACCGCCUACAGCCCCUUCCAUCCCGAGGGCGAGGGAAACGAGAGUGGAGAGGUGGGGGGAGCUCACCAGCGACUGUAACAGCACCUCCUUUUUGGACAACAGUGCCCUCUCACCCAAGAGCCCCCCCGUCAAAGUCCUGCCCUUCUCCCCCUCCCAGUUUUUCAAUGUGUGUGAAGGGGACAAUCUGAAUCUGGACUAUCCAGCACGUACCUCGACGCCUGUGUGUGGUCACAAUCGUGACAGCACAACCACACCACUCCACAGCAAUGCAACCUCUAAACACCAUCAAGAGAGCACUGAAUUUAGGACUCCCAAGGUACGGAAAGCCAUCAUGCUCCCCACACCACAGACUCCAACGCCCUUCAAGAAUUCCAUGACCAUGCAAAAUAAUACAGAGGGCCCUUUGAAAAUGAUGCCCCAGUCAUUUGCAUAUCUGGAAGAAGAUAUGAAAGAGAUAUUGAAAGAUGAGUUAGGGAUGGCCAUACAACUUUAUGAAGACUCCCAGACUGAAGACCUCAACACCUGGAAAUAUGAGGACUCUGCGUCUAACAAAAGAGCAGUAAAAACCCUGACUUUGGAGCCCUGGAAUAAGGAGAACCCCAGUGCUCAUCUCUUAACCAAAGAACACUUCAGCAACAUACAGAUUCAUGGGGAGAGCUUACUUAAUGGUGCCCCACUGGGAGGCUCCAUGUUGGGCUGCGAACAGCUGGUGUUCUCCCCUGUAGUGGAGAGACAGGAGCCCUGUCAGGCCUUUACCGUCGACCUCAGGAGGGAGGGGCCUAAUGAUAGUCCUGUCCCCCUCAAGCACUCUCAGCAAACACACUACCCGGUCAGCACCGAGUGGGAGGCAGUGGUGUUUGGUAAGACUGAUGACCAGAUGACCAUGACAGAGCAGGCCAGGAUGUAUAUCCACUCCCAUACCCCUGGCUGUGCCUACAGGACCCUGGUGCUCUGAUGAGCCAUCAGCCAGGAGGUUAUAUCUAUCCAUGCUAUGGAUUUACACCAAGCAAAUUAGCAAUGUCUUAACAGCAAGUUUUUAAAGUUCUUCUUGUUAUUAUCAAAAUCAAUACAAAAUCCAUGAAGGAGAAAGUGUUGCAAUUAUUAGGUUACAUUAACAAUUAUCAGUCGUAUUUGUUUCUGCAGAGGGGGUAAUCUCUAAAACAAAGUCCUUUUUUCUGUAUGGUAGAGAAAGGAUCAGCCUUGUACAAGACUGUACCUGGAUACUACUUCUACAAAGGUGUUUUAUGUUUUUACAUUUUUCAUGUGCUGUUGAAAGCCAUAAUCUGGAGUUAAACAUACCUCACUGCUAACAUAUCUGAGCAUGAAACUAUCUGGGUGUUAUUGAGGAGGGUUGGUGUUGUUCUAAUGCUUGUGUCUGGUGUUGAUGCACUGCUAUCGAGAGCCAAACUCUGGAUUAUGGCUUCAUAAUACAUGUAGACAUUUGAGGAUGUUCAUGCUGUUUCCUGCCUAUCUAAAACCCAGCGGUAUGUGAUGUCUCAGGUAUGACUUUCAAACAACUUUGACUUACCUUAAAGAAUCAACUUCAGAAUCAUGAUUGAGGCUGAUAUAUUGUUUUACUAUAUUCAGACAUUUUUAUUUGAAUGUUUUUAAAAACUUGAUUACGAUGUUUUUGUUAAUUAAACUAUUCAAAUUCCUCCUUAAUUGGGCAACUCAAAUUAAACCCAGAAAAAUAAUUGGAUAACAAAAUGGUCCUUUUGUAAAACAAAAGAAGCUUUUUGGUUGUAAAGUUUACAGCAUG